AUGAUUGGCCUACCUGGCACAUACUCGAGCUGGUUCAACACGACCAGCAUGUCAUCACACCAUAGUGGCUGGGACGAAGCGGGGAUGUCGCGCUCCGUGAACACAGUCGAGCACCUCAUUCUCAGCGAAGUACACACAGGGAUAGACCCGCGCAAAAUCGUACUUGUUGGCUUUGGCCAGGGUGCCACGCUUGCACUUGUGGUUGCCUUAACCACUCUUCACGACCUGGGUGGCGUCGCUAGCUUGUCUGGGAGUUUGCCCCCCGGUCCCCAGGCGAGAGAACAACUCAUUCAUGCGUAUCCUACUGUGCCGAUAUUUUACGCUUACGGUCGUUUAGACACCGUACUUCCCCCUGCCCUUCACGAAGAGACCAUGUGCUUCAUUCGCGAUGUACUUCGGUUGCCUUCUGAUCGGCUCACUUUCAAGCGAUACUGUAGCUUUGGUCACUCGGUUUCUGAGGCGGAAAUAUCUGAUCUUUCGGACUGGCUGUCGAACAUUUUGCAUCUGUGA